CAUCCCGUCUCGUUCCCAAGGUGGGUGAAGUAUCCUGCGAACGAGAGCGGUGUCGCCAUUUUGACACAGUUUCAGUGAUUUUUAGCGGAAAGAUUGUUAGUAUUUCCCCGUUCCUGAGCCGUGAGGACCGAGUUCCGUGCCUGUUCGCGCCGUGAGAGUGCUGAGGGCCCUCAUGGCCACAGGACGGAGUCAGACUGUAGAGUGGACGCGCUUCUAACCCAGAUGACACCAUCAUGAGCAAAAACAUGAAGAACGGCCAUCUUGCGUACAACGUGCCUGACAAUGCCAACCUCAUCCUCAACACCAGCACAGACUCCACGCUGGAGUGUCCCAGUUACGAGGCCUUACGCAGAGACAGGAGGAGGAGAACCAGGGAGAGCAUGCAGGCCGUCGACUCCAGGCUAGCGGCAAGCGUCAUACCAAAGGUGGACAACUUGACGCGUGAGGAGCGAGCUGCGAUCACCCUGCAGAAGCACUUCCGCGGUCACCUGGCCAGGAAGGAGUACAUCAACCUGCUCUGGGCACAGUUCGACCAGGAGGAGGCCAAAAGACUGAAGAAAGCGCUGAAACAGGUGGAGGAAGGGGAGCUACUGGUGGAGAACCACCACCUGUCAGUGCAGUAUGAAGACAACGCCUCCAUCCGCAAAAACCGAUCCCGAUUCUACAAGUGGAGAAUCGUCACGAUCCAGCGAGCCUGGCGUGCGUACAAGCGCAGAAAGGAGCUGGGAAAGCGACGUGACCUCAGCGAUGACCUCCUUGCUGCCGAUGACCUUUUCACUCCGUACGGCCCAGUGCCGACCUCUGACCCCAGUGACACCGAUAGCCUGGCGGCCAUGUCAGUCGGGUCAAACACCGACCUCUCAAAGGAUGAUGGGAUAGAGUCAGAAGGAGAGUCGCUGCCAAUUUCUGUGGAAGACUUUCCGGAAGCAGACCAGAAGAUCUCCCCAGGUUCAGACAUCAUUGCUGACUAUGAGGAUGAGGAGGAGGAGGAGGAGUAUUAUCAGCUGUACCAGAACGCCCCCCCUCCCACUCGGCACCGUGAACAGCCUCAGCUUCGCCGAGGAACUGAACCAGCUGAACCAGCUCAGCUCUGCAGACACGUACGACACAAAACAGAACAAGAACCAAACUUGGACUAGAAGUACAGAAACAAACAACAGACAAAACGAUGGCGGCCAUCCCGACUCCGACUGCACCAUGGACGAAUCUCCGGACGCUGCCGGCAGUUUCGAUGUUUAUAAUGUGGAAACUUCGCUGCCGACGAUGGACUGGGCAUCGCUGGAGGCACACCUGGAGAAAGUCACCAAGGAGGCAGAGGACAGGGAGACAGACCCUG